GCAAACUGAUCUUAUUUGUUUGGUCGGCAAUUUCGUCGGGAAACAAACUGAGCCGUGCGAUAUCAUCAUGUCCUCGUAUCAUCUCAGUACACGAGAACGGCUUCUCGCCAUCAUAAACGACAUUGAAAUCGUUGCCAAGGAGCUGAUCGAGAACACAAUUGCUCCGAAGGCACAGAAAAUGUCCAGUGCCGACCAUGCUCAACUCGUGGAGCUGCUCGUCUUAAAAGAUAAGGAACUAAAAUCGACCCUUCAGCUUGCUGCCGAACAGGCAGGCAUUGAGAAGAACAUGGACUCAUUACGGGAGCAGGUGCGGAAACAGGACGAGGAGAUUAACCAGCUGCAAAAGCAGCUGAAGGAAGCAGAACAAAUUCUUGCAACGUCAAUUUUCCAAGCCCGACAAAAGCUGGCCAGCAUUGCGAAGGCUAACAAAAGGCCAGUUUCGUCGGAAGAGCUCAUCAAGUUUGCCCACCGCAUCAGUGCGUCACACGCCAUAUGUGCACCGCUUACCUGGCAGCAGGGCGAUCUUCGUCGACCGUACCCUACCGACAUUGAGAUGCGGCUCGGAUUUUUGGGCAAGUCGGAUCUCAACAUCAAUGGACACAAUCUGCAGCAUCCAAACAGUUUGAACGAAAUGCACCGAAAUACCGCUGUUUCGGGUGCGACCGGUGGUGGAGCUGGUGCUGGAGCCGGCGGUGAGAUUCCGGCCUCCGCACAGAAUCAAUUUGCCUGGCAUCCGUCCGGAGAAUUGCACAUGUCGAUGGGCGCUGGUGGAGGAUCAGUUUCGUUGGACACCCGAGCGCACAAGGAUGCUUCCCAAGAUGAUGUGGAAGUCAUGUCCACGGAAAGUUCCAGCUCUAGCUCUAGCGAUUCACAGUGAUCGCUGAUGUUGUGGUGAUUGUAUAGGAUUAAU